CUUUUUUCUGUUUUUUUUUCUUUUUAAGUUUUCACUUUUGUUCAAAUUUCUAUUUGUUGUCACGGUUUGAGUCCUGAAUCCUAGUGGCCGAUCUACGUUGUUCCAACUUGCAACUCCUUCUCUUCUCACUGUCACUUCUUUCUUCCCAACACAACACAACAGACGCAGUACAUAACAACUUUUGUUUCCUUGGCGCCGCCACACCAACAUGUCAGCCUUCACUAUUUCCAACAACGCCGCCGCCGCCACCGCCACGUGGCCACUCCCCCAAUUCAACACUUGCCACUUUCCGCACUCUCCAUCCAUUGUUCUUCAUCAUUCCCUCCUCAACAUCCGCGCUUUCAGGAUCCACUGUGUCCCUCAAGAACCUCUCCCCCCAUUACAACAACAACCCAAACACGAUCAACUUUCUCCCGGAGGCGACGGAGGCCACGGUGACGCCGGCGGUGGCGGAGGCGGAGGCGGAGAUGGAGGUGAAGGAGGAGGAGACGAAGAGUUCGGACCCUUGUUGAAGUUCGAAGCGGUUAUGAGAGAAUCUGAAGCUCGUGGUGUUAAGUUGCCUCCGGAUAUGGUAGAGGCAGCGAGGAUCACCGGCAUCCGGGAAAUGUUUCUUCUUCGUUACUUGGAGUUGCAGGGUUCGUCUUGGCCACUGUCUUUUCUGAUGCAGCAUUGUGCUAUGCUGAGAAAUCGAAUGCUAGCUGACCCUUCUUUUCUUUUCAAAGUUGGAACCGAGAUUGUUAUAGACUCUUGUUGUGCAACCUUUGCGGAGGUGCAGAAGAGAGGCAAGGAUUUCUGGGCUGAAUUUGAAUUGUACGCUGCUGAUCUUCUUGUUGGAGUGGUUGUUGACAUUGCUUUGGUGGGUCUGUUGGCACCAUAUGCUCGAAUUGGCAAGCCUUCUCUGUCAAAAGGUUUGCUUGGACAAAUUCAGCAUGCUUGUGCUGCUCUUCCUAGCAGUGUGUUUGAAGCUGAAAGGCCGGGAUGUAAAUUCUCCACGAUGCAGCGCAUUGCCACAUACUUCUACAAGGGUGCAUUGUAUGGAUCAGUUGGCUUUGGAUGUGGUAUUAUUGGUCAAGGAAUUGCAAAUAUGAUCAUGAAUGCCAAAAGGAGCAUUAAGAAAUCUGAAGAUGACAUACCUGUGCCUCCUCUUCUGAAAAGUGCUGCUCUUUGGGGAUUCUUUCUUGCUGUGUCAUCCAACACACGUUAUCAAAUUAUCAAUGGUCUAGAAAACAUUGUUGAAGCAUCUCCCGUGGCAAAGAGGGUCCCACUUGUUGCAAUGGCAUUCACUGUGGGUGUGCGAUUUGGAAACAACAUCUAUGGUGGCAUGCAGUUCGUAGACUGGGCCAAAUGGAGUGGCGUACAAUGAGUGUUGUCCACACCACACUUUACAAUUUCUCCUUUUUGAAAGUUUUACCCAAAGUUGGCUAGGCAAUUAGGGAAAAGUUUUCUUUCUCAAACCAAGGAGUGAAGCUCCCCACCAAUUUUUCAUAUGUAGGGCAUCUUUCUUAUGAUUAAAAUAUAGGACCAUGCCCCCCCUUCAUUCUUGAUUCCUCCUGUGUUUUUUCUUUUCUUCAAUCUUUUUCACAUUUUUAUUUUCAUUGUUAUCCUAUGUUAUUUAACCUAGUUGUGUCAGAUAUGUUCAAGGGAAAUUAAGGUUCUUAUAACUAGGCAUAGUACCGAUCAAGCAUGGGAAAAUAUAAUUUUGGAUUUACUUUAA